CUAAUCUAUAUGAGGUGAUUAGAUAGCCAAUAUUUGACCGUACAUCAGAGGCUAGACACAUUCUUUCAUCUCAUCUUAUAAUUGUCUGAAAUAUUUCAGACCACAAUCUGUUUAGCUAAACUAAAUCCGAUGAACAGCCGUUCUGUUCACCCCGUCAAUUCCAGAUUGGCUUUCAUCUAACAAUAAUGGCUUUAGUCGCCUGGCCCAAAUCUUUCUCAGAACCUGUUCACACACAGUGUGCACGUGGACAGCUCGAUUCUUCCUCCUCCAUGCCCCGCCAUCUUCCCUUCAUCGUUUACUGCCCGUCAACUCAUUAACUCGUAAGGCGAACGACAAGACCACACACAUUUUGUCACUAGAUUUGCCAGCUUCUCAUAUCCACGCCUUCUUUACCCUCUCUACAACUAGCGCGCUACAGGAAACAUGGCCGCCCAGGAUAAAGGCAACGACUUGACCCAGGUGGAGGUCAACAACGGUCGCAGCCGUCGCCGUGGCCUAGCCUGGCCGCGUCGCCGCCUUCACCGCGGGGUGUCGGCUGCCAAAUCACAGCCCGAUGGCCACACAACGGCUCAGGCAAACGGAACGCCCCUAAAUGCGCAAAUAACAUCUACGCUAUUGCCGCCUCCACGAAGAAUGACGGCCCAGUCGUCGUCAGGCCCGCGUAUCGCAUCGUCCAACCCACUGCGGCCCCAUGUCCCUGCCGGCGUCAACCAGGCUCGCCAACAAGCUCUGGGGCCAAGAAAGACGCAAUCAAUUGCAAGAAAAACUGCACCAGUCAAGGCCCGCGCCGCUCAUUCUCUGUCUUCUAACAAAGAGUCACAAAACGACCAACACGACGCUCGUACCCAGAGCUCGAGAACGAUGAGCCUUGCCUCGGAGACCAUUCAUGGUUCAGAAAUCAGAGCACAGGAGCAGCUCUCCAUGUUCCCCCAACUGAAUGAUCCUCACACCAAAAUUGAGGACGAAGAAGACAUAGACAGUGAUAUCGACAGCAAAGUCUUGAUACACGUGGGAUAUUCGGUUGGGGGCCUUUACGGCUGGGUGUAG